GACAACAUGAAGUCCAGAAACUUCUUGAUCCUGGUGGUAGUGCUUCUUGUCCUUGGGACGCUGGUGGCAAAGGCAGCUGUCGUAAGAGGUCAAGGCACUACGAAAGGCAAUGUUCUGAUCAAAGGACAAGAUCCAGUCGAAGGUCAAGAUCCAGUCGAAGAUCAAGAUCCAGUCGAAGGUCAAGAAGAUCCAGUCGAAGGUCAAGAAGAUCCAGUCGAAAGUCAAGAUCCAGUCGAAGGUCAAGAUCCAGUUGAAGGUCAAGAAGAUCCAGUCAGAUUCCCAUGGUUCCCUAAGCGUGGCUCCUGCCCCAGGGUUACGUUCCAGUGCACCAUGUUAAAUCCCCCUAACAAAUGUCUGAGAGAUGCUCAUUGCCGGGGGGCCAAGAAGUGCUGUGUGAGCUAUUGCGGGAAAGCCUGUGUGAAUCCCUGGUGAGGUGGAGUCUGUUCUUGCUGCACCUGUGAAGUCCCCAGGGAUGCAGAUCCUGGUGCCUGUAUCACUACCCUCUCCCGCACUGCCCAUUCUUCCUUUCAUCCGGGUGCCCAAACCUGGGAUGCCUCUCUCAUGGAC